GAACACUUGAACUUCAAGAAAACGAAGAAGUGAUGUAACUGGUCGAUUUUUGUCUUGAAUGAACGUAAAAUGGCAUUUCUUUCGGGGAUAAAACGAAUUCGAUAUUCCUUCAUGAGAAAUGUCGACUUUUCUACCAGAAAUUUCAACAACCAAAGACAGAAUAUCAUAAAAAUCGCAGGUACAUAUCGUGGUGUGCGAGAUCAUUCGAUUCUCGCGUCCGAGACGAAGCGAGUAAGGACUUCUACCCCGGUAGCUUCGCGGGCAACGUGGACCAAUUUCCGCAAAGUUCACUGCAGUGCGUGGCUUGCCAGUAGUGAAAAUGAGUCGAACCAUGACCAGCCAGGAUGCCAUGUAGUCAAAGUAAAGUCCUGGCCAUUCCAACUCGAUACACCUUUCGGGAAGCUGAUGAUGAAAGGGACUCCAUUUCCUGUUCGCAUUGUGCCUACGAAUCCUCAUGACUAUCCAGCAGGAGACAGAGUAUUUGUUCAUUUAUUAGCUUCUGUUGCCAUGGACACGGAUGCCAAACUGGAUCCAUCAUCAUUCGCAGAAACAGUUUCGAAUAUCACUUGCUUAUCAGAUAAAGAAGGCAUCCAAAUCUCACAUGAUGGUAGCUCAGAUGUGCAAUCAUCAUUAGCUUUGCUUAUUGAAGUACCAACGUGUUAUGAUAUCGAUGUGUCAAGUAUAGAUGAAGGCCAUAUUUCUGUGGAAAACCUGGAGAAUGAAAUUUGCUAUAUAAGUACUGAUAGGGGCAACAUCACACUUCAGAGCAUGAAGUCUGCCAAUGUCCACGUUGAGUCAACCAGUGGAAAUAUCAUCUGCCUCAAAGCCUUACAGGGAAGUGGAAAGAUUAAUACUAACAAUAAUGGGACAGUGACGGCUGACAGGAUCCAGGGCCUAGACUUUGAGUUCUCCACUGAGUCAGGUGCCAUUCACAUCAAGGAUAUCUAUGCCAGAAAAUCUCAAGUCUCCAGUCAGACAGGAUCAGUUCACAUCAGUAACAUGCACACUGAUUGCAGUAUAACCACAGGGGGAGAUGUUCUUGCUGGCUGUGUACAAGGUUCCAUGUCAGUUAGUCUACCAGGUCAAGCUUCAUUCAAGGGUUAUCUGUCCUGUCAUGAUGAUAUCAAUAUCCAGACUGAAAAAGGAGACAUAGAGAUCAAAUUACCUGAAGAAUGUGUCUCACACGUUGAUCUGACUGGAAAGCAGGUCGACAUGGAUAGUGCUCUUGUCUUCCUCACUACCCAACCAUCUGAUCAUCAAAAGAUGAUAGGUGAGCUGAACGGUGGCGGUGUUGAUGCAAAGAUCAUAGCCAGGUCUGAAGAGGGCAGUAUAACCGUGAAGACACAGUCCUGGUUUGACUCCUUGGGGCUCGGAACAUGAUUGGAGCAUGUGCAACAAAAAUGUGUGAUUAUUCCUGUGUGGACUCCUGAAUUUGUAUUCAAUCAGUCUUUAAGCCUGUAUGAUGGAGAUAUUUGUGUCAUUUGUGGUGGUGGCCUGGUUAAACAGUUUUUACUUUAUGAUGAAUUGAGGCUGACAAGCAGAUCGAGAUGUGCUUAAUCUUAAAAGGUAUAACGUGAAGGUGUCAUGUACAUGUACAAGAAUACCAAAGAAAUAUUAGUUAAGGAUGUGUGCUACACUAUUCAGAAUUGCUUUCUUUUUCAUCCCUCCGCCACCAAAGGUGGUGCGGGAGGCAUUAUUUUAUAAAAUAUUUUCUAAAUGACUUGGGAAGAUCAUUCUAAAGUUGCAAUAUUGAUAUUUGUUACAAAUACAUGUGUUUCUUCUUCCAGCAUUUUUUCUAUUUUAUCUAUAAUAUUACAAUAUGAGUAAACUAGAUUUUGCAGCUAACCCCCCACCCCUGGAAAAGAAUUCAAUUAUUUGGUAAAGGUUAGCUAAGGGUUAGGCUAAAUUUUUUGAGAUUUAAGAAAGAAAAUAAGGAUAUAUGCUGACUCGUCUGAUUACACGUAUAAGUCCUCCCACCCUCUCCCGUAAAAUGAUCGUGCAUUGAAUCAGCAUUAUGGUGUUAACGCUCCCUCGAUGGGAGGGCGUUACAACUGUAAAAUGAGAUGAAAGAGAGAGAGAGAGAGAGAGCAAUGGUCAGUCAAUGUGUAUGUGCAUCAACUAACAUUGAUGUCAAUUCUCUAUGCGCUUUACAUUAUUACAUUCAUACAAAUUACAUAUUAGGCCUACAAAAUUACAUACAAAUUAUAGAUAAAACUGAGGGAAAAAAUUCAGUCCGCGAUCUAAAUGCCAAAGGUUGUGUAUGAUCACAUGUCUACUCCAUGAAUUUUGUGUAAGAGGAUAGCUUCCUACCAUCGCAAAUUCAACAGAAAAUUGCUUGAAAUUCUGUACAUACUCUCCAAGUCCUCGGACUUCGCAGAACAUUCCAAAAUGGGUUAGGUGUUCGUCAAAACUCUUGCUAUACAUGAUGAUGUCAUCCAGAUAUGUUUCACAGAUGUUGUGGUUUAAGCCAUCAAGAAUUGUUUCCAUGCCUCUCUGGUAGGAUGCUGGUGCAUUUCGUAAUCCAAAUGGAAUCCAUUUCCAUUCAUGUAGUCCCCAAGAAGUUACAAAUGUCGUCAUUGGUUGACUCUCCUUUGACAUGUAGCCUUGGUGGUAUGCUUUACCUUGGUCCAGUGUUG